GUAGACAUACAUCUCUGUUUUAAUAGUAAUUCUUUUAUUAUUUAAUACUAAUAAUUAAAAAGAAAAAUAAUAAAGUUGCUAACUUGUACGAGUGGCAAUUAUAGAAAUAAGAAUAAAGGCAGAGGGUAAAAAAGCCAAAAAAAAGAAUACCAUAAGUGAUAAAAAGGAAAGAAAAGACGUAUCCGUAUAUGGAGGGUUGCUUUCUUGCAUCCCAAAACAUGAAAAACUCUCUCUCUCCCCAUCCACACUUGUCUCUCUAAAUAAGAUUCCCGCCUAUUCUUUUGCCACAUCACUUCUCGAUCUCUUCGCUUUCCACGUGUCGCUCCCUGCCACUCUGUCACUUCCUCUUCACCAUCCAUAUCACAUCCAACGGCUCCCAAUCCAUUGUAUGAUAAUCAUAACCAAAAAAAUAAAAAUAAACACAACAAUAUCUCUUAACCAGUACCAAGUAGGCCCCACUACCAACACUUAUAUUUAAAAAAAGAAAAAGAAAUCCGGAGCCUUCUGAAACCACGCUGCCUCGUGCUCUUUUUAUAGAACAAGAGACAAAUACACGAACACAUAUAAAAACCCUCAUCAUAAACACAAGAGAGGGAGAGAGAGAGAGAGAGAGAGAGAGCUUAUGGAGGGUUCGAGUUCAAGAAAGAGAGAAGGGUGUGGUGGUCGUGGUGAUGAUGAUGAUGAUGAUGAUGAUCCAGUGGUGAUGAAAAGGCCAAGAACUCCUCCGGCGGUUUAUUCUGACAAUAACAUGUGUAGUGAGGAAGAUAUUAUUAUGGGUUCUUGGCUAUCAGUGGAUCAACAAGAUGAUUAUAGUACGGUAGAUGAGUUACUGAAGUUUCUCGAUGAUAAUAUUACUACUAAUACAACGGUUAAGUUUAUUGAAAAUCCAUAUUCUUCACCACUAGUUUUUCAAUCUUGUUCUUCUUAUAUCACUAUUAAUGGUAAUGAAGAGACUUGUGGGUCUUCUUUCUCUGACUGGGAGUCUUCUGUCAUGGCCAGCGUUGACAUGUGUGGUGGAUUUACAAAAGGUGGCAAAAUGGACUGCAUUGAUGGAUUUGAGUUAUCUGACUGGUUUCGAGGCGGGGAGGGCGGCGCGUGCGGUUUUAAGGGGGCGGAGAAGGCGGCGCGUGAAGGAAGUAGCGGUGGCGAUACUAAUGGGUUUGACUGGGAGUUUGAUUAUGAGUGUUUUCUAGAUAAUGGUGGCAGCGAAGGUAUUUUUUGACUCAUCAAGUAAACGUGAAUGGUGUGGGGGGUUAGUUUUUCUAUUUUUAUUUUAAUUUUUUUUUAGAUAUUAUAUUUUAAUCAAACACUUAUGACUAACUUUUUAUCAGUGGUGAUUAAGGGUUUGGUGGGUGUCAUGUGGGGGGUCAAAGGUGUCCCUGCGUGAGUGUUCUUUUAGAUGCUCCAUGUGAAAAUGUUACUAAUAGGGAAAAAGGUAAAAGGAACAAUAGAGUCAGAGAGAAUACACAUAAAGGGUCGUUGAAGAAUUUAGAGCAAAGCUAGAAAAGCAUUUUGUCUGUUUUGGGGUCUCUUAUUAUCUCUCUCUUUUUCUAAACAAAAAAAAAAAAAAACAAAAAGAAAAUUGGUAUGGUGAAAAAGAGAAAUGGAAUCCCUCCGGCAGAUUUUUGUAAUUAGUAGUUUGGCUGUGAUUUGUAGAAGAGUAAGUCCAAUUAUCCUCCUAAAUAAAAAACUCAUAGGCCGCUUGAAUA